AUGACCAUCAACGAGAUGAUUCACCGGCUUGACUGGAUGUCCGCCGAACUCUCUACUGAACCGCUAAACUUUCGAAAGGUUGUUUUCUUAGCCGCAGACGAGGACAGCAGGGAAAGGCUAUCUAGAUACCAGGCCCAGCUUGCCAGUGAGGGCUUAACAACUGUCUUUAUUGGCCAUGCUACGGAGAUCACCCCCUUGUUAACGCCCGAUACGAUUGUUGUUCACAUCCCGCACGUGGCCAGAGAGAAGAGCGGCGUCUACGAAGCGGUGACGAAGUCGUGCACCAGUUUGAUUGCAGCAGCGCAGGUACUGUAUCAUCAUAACCAGGACAGCCGAGACAGGACGAGCAGGCUUUUCUCGCUCAUCUCGAGGGACUCCGGUACGGACGGUCUAGAGUAUGCCCCGCUGUAUGGCCUGGCGCGGGUCAUGAAGACGGAAAUGGCGGAGGGUUUUGGCGGCCUAUUUGAUGAAGACCAAGGGCACUUUCCGUUGUCUGCCUUCAAGUACGCGCAGGGCUUCGACGUUGUUAGGAUAUGCCAGGGCGUACCGCAGACAGCUUCACUUCAACCAUUCCAGGACCAAUUGAACGAUCAGAAGCAGCUUCAGCUUAGAGAGAACAGCACGUACCUCAUCACGGGAGGGACACGAGGUAUUGGGCUGGAAAUUGCGACAUGGUUGGGCGAGCGGGGUGCUCAUAACUUAUUACUGGUGUCUCGUGGUGGACUCACUCCAGCCCUAGGCAGAAAUGCAAAAAAUGCAGAUCAUGAGAAGCUCGUCUCGCGAAUCGCCAAGCUCAAGGAUAUGGGCAUCUCGGUCCAUGUACUAUCUAUUGACUUCGGUAAACCUGAAGCAGAGACUCUGCUCAGGCAAGCCAUCGACGAAUUGAACAUCCCACGCAUAAAGGGGGUGGUGCAUGCGGCCGGUGUCGCAGGCUUCCAUACACUACAGCAUUGCUCGCCGUCGGAUGUCGCAGAUGUCCUAGCCCCAAAAGUGAGAGGCUCCCUAGCUCUGGAUACGCUAUUUCCCCCCGGCACGCUGGACUUCUUCUUCUUUAUGUCAUCAAUCGGGCAGCUCAUUGGAUUCCCUGGCCAGUUAUCCUACGCACCGGCGAAUGGGUUUAUGGACGGGUUGGCGGCACACAGAAGACGCCAUGGUGACAAUAGCAUGUCCAUCCUGUGGACCGCUUGGCGAGGCGUAGGAUUAGCGGCACAAACGAAGUCCGUCACACGGAUACUCACCAGGGCGAUGGAGGCUCGGGGCAUUGCGGCCGUGAGCACAUCUGAAGCCAUGGAUGCCUGGAGCCGCAUCGUGAGUCUUGAGACUGACCAUGUGGUGGUUGUACCGGUGUUGAAGCUCGAGGCCGAUGGGCCGUUGCGCCAUCCCUUGCUCAAGGAUAUCACAAUGCGUAAAAAAAGAAUGCAGAGCACCGCUGCGCCUUACGAAACCUACCCCGAGCAUGCGGUCGCAGUGGUUGGCAUGGCUUGUCGCACAGCGGCUGGAGAUACUGCAGACGACCUUUGGCAGGUCAUCCAGGCAGAUAGGAGCAUGACACGAGAGAUCGACGAGACGCGAUUCCCCGGGGUAGCCAAGGAUGGAAAGACUUGGGGUAACUUUAUGGACGAUGUCGAUUCGUUUGAUCAUCAAUUUUUCAAAAAGUCGAAGCGCGAAGCAGCAGCCUUAGACCCGCAUCAGCGUGUACUGCUCGAAACAACGUACCAUGCACUUGAAUCAGCCGGUAGCUUCAGCGGUGGUCAGAAACAAGAAGCGGAAACACACGAGAAGUCCAGUGAUAGUGAGAUAACAAGUUGUUUUAUCGGCAUGAAUGCACCGGAUUACGCUCUGAAUGUAGCUUGCCAUCCUAUCUCGCCGUAUACUGGCUUCGGCUUGCUUCGCUCGUUUGUAGCCGGACGGCUGAGCCACCACUUCGGCUGGACUGGACCCUCACAGACCAUCGAUACAUCCUGCUCAUCAGCAAUGGUCGCCAUCCACCAAGCCUGCCGUGCCAUCGAGGCAGGUGAAUGCACGCGCGCCGUCGCGGGUGGCGUCAACUUGAUAACUAACAUGGUAACGUAUAACGCGAUGCGUGUAGGUGGAUUCAUCAAUGAGACAGGUCCCUGCAAGACAUUUGACGCCCGUGCUGAUGGAUACUGUCGUGGUGAGGCUGUGGGUGUUGUGGUACUAAAGCCGCUGGCGAAGGCGCUGGGAGACGGAGAUCAUAUCCAUGGGGUGCUGUUGGCUACCGGUAACAACCAAAACAUCAAGAGUACCAGUAUUACGAACCCGACUGUCGAGAGCCAGAAGACGUGCUGGGCCGUGCUGGGCCGUGCUGGCGUUAACCCUAAAGAGGUCUCGUAUGUAGAGGCGCAUGGCACAGGCACGCGUGCCGGUGAUCCAGUCGAGGUCGAAGGCAUCCGGCAGAUCCUGGGCGGGAAGGAUAGACAUUCACCCUUGUACAUUGGCGCUGUCAAACCCAAUAUUGGGCAUUCGGAGCCAGCCUCAGGUGUGGUGUCGCUGAUCAAGGUCUUGCUGAUGAUGAAGUACGGAAAGAUCCCAGGCCAGGCUGAAUUCCUAACAUUGAAUCCAAGCAUUCCGGCCCUCGAGCCCGAUAUGAUGACUAUCCCAACGUCGCUAACGGAUUGGUGUGAUGGGUUGCGCCUGGCAGUAGUUAACAAUUUUGGCGCAUCAGGUAACAACGCUGCUGCUGUCGUUGCGCCUCCGCCUCCGAGUUCACAAUCAUCACCUUUGUCUAUAGCUUCAGCUACGCCUAGUCCGUCGGUCUCUGCGUGGCCUAUUUUCAUUUCGGCUGCUUCCAAGGCCAGUCUUGCUUCUUAUUGUAGCAAGCUGAAGAUUCAGAUCCAGCAAGGCUCACUUGCACCCGAACUGACUUCUCACCUUGCUUUCGCUUUGGCUACGAAGCAGAAUCGUAAACUCCAACAUGUGUUCAGCAUAACAGCCACAUCUUUGAGCGACCUACAAGCCCAGCUCUCGGAGCCCGAGAGUCACACCACUUCCGAAGGUCCCAAGCCUAUAGUGCUCCUCUUCAGCGGACAAAAUGGCAACGCUAUCCUCCCGGCCAAACCGCUCUAUGACAGCUCUCUGCUGUUCCAAACGCACCUACACCAGUGCGAGGAAGUGAUGCAGUCACUUGGUCUGCCAAGCCUGUUUCCAGCCGUUCUCCAGGGCAUCGAUGGUGAUGGCGACCUCGUCCUCUGCCAUGCGGUUAUGUUCUCCAUCCAGUACUCGUGCGGUAAAUCAUGGAUCGACUCUGGCGUGAAGCCUGAGGCAAUCUGUGGCCAUUCGUUCGGCGAAUGGGCUGCACUCACGGUUUCGGGUGCCAUGACGCUUGAGGCUGGCAUUAAGCUUGCUACUGGUAUAUACAGACGCGCAGCCAUCAUCCAGAAGGUGUGGGGAGACGACCCCGGGUCCAUGGUAGCUAUUGAAGCCGACUUAGUGGGAACAGACACAACGCCAAGCAAGCAUUUAGAAUCGUUCCACAAAAAGCACCCAGAAGCCAAGCUCGAAGUCGCCUGUUACAAUGGACCUAAUAACUAUGUGAUUGCCGGAAGCACGACGCACAUUGACUUGCUCGAAUCGUACUUAAACGAACAGAGAUCUAGCGGCGAGAAGCUGCGUUUCAAAGUCCUUGAAGGUACACACGCGUAUCAUUCUUAUAUGGCUGACGCUAUCAUUGACGAGAGUGAAAAGUUGUCAGCCUCGAUACCAUUCCAGACCCCCGUUUUCCCCUUCGAAUCCUGCCACGAGCAACCCUGGACUGGGCCCGGCUCUAAUGUGAUCGCCCGCAAUACUCGCGAACCUGUGUACUUCGGGCCGGCCAUCUCACGUAUUGUCAACUGCCUGGGGCCCUGCACCUUUCUGGAAGCCGGCUUCGGGGGUCCAAUAAUAACCAUGGCGCGGAAUGCGCUACCGCAACCUCAAACCCAGUCUCAGCAUACCUUCAUGCCAAUCAGUGGGACAGACCCGGUGCAAUCCAUGGCCGACGCCACGGUGUCACUAUGGAAGAAUGGACAGACUAGCGUACAGUUCUGGCUGUUCCACCGGAGUGAAUGGGCGAAGUUCGUGCCCGUGUCUCUGCCGCCGUAUCAGUUCGAGAAGCACCGCCACUGGCUCGAGUACACUGGUCUCGGGGGUAACCGAGAUGGGAAGAUAGAUGAGCAAGAGCCAGCACGAGGUGGAAUCUGUUCUCACUGCCUGGGUGAUAUCGAUCGCUUCCCGUACAUAGUGCAGGACAAGUCCCAGACCCAGACUAUGGGCAGGUCCAUUUUCAAAAUCGACAUGCGUAGUAGGCGGUACCAGGACCUCGUUAAGGGUCACGUCGUGGUUGGGUCUCCAAUAUGUCCUGCAUCAAUGUACCUGGAGCUAGCCUCACGCGCCGUCAUCUUACUUCUUGGAGAGCACACAGCGACUAACAUCCCGGAAAUUGUAGCAAAUGCCGUCGAUAUCAAGGCACCCCUAGGCUUGGACAUGGAGCGGUCCGUUGUUUUGACCUUGACUGAAAAGAGUCGGGGCACAUGGGACUUCGAAAUAUUCUCGACUAAGAAUGAUAGGACAAUUUCACAUGCUACGGGGAGCAUCGCUUUGCGAAACAGCAGGACUAGCAGCGUGGAGGAAGUACGGGACAAAAGGGACAAGUGGGCCCGCAUCACCUACCUCUUGGAGGAAGAUAGCGAUACGGAUGCUUUGCGCGGUGCAAUGGUGUAUAAGGUGUUCGGUGAAUUGGCCACAUACUCAGCACCCUACAAGGGCCUACGCUACUUAGUUGGCAAGGGCUCCGAAAGCGCCGGGGACAUCACAGUACCCGUGGACGAGUUGAAUGCUAUAGCCAAGGCGUCGAACGUCGGCAUUUCGGACCCGGUCGUUGUGGACAGCUUCUCGCAAGUUCCAGGUGCAUUCAUACAGUUGCUGCGGGUUACCGAUGAGGAGGAGGCUGAAAACACAUCUUGCAUCUGUACAGGAAUGGACUCCGUGGGACCCCUGAACAGGCUACAGGCUAGCGGGAAAUACAGAGUAUACACAAAGGUUGUCCGUGAGGACAGCAAAGAGACUGCUGUGGAUGUGUUUGCAUUUGACACGCAGACUAGAGAUAUUGUUUGGUCCGCCAGGGGACUAAACUUCUCGAGGGUCCCUCGGGACUCGCUAGCUAAAGUGCUGGGAGGGGCUAAUCCAGGGAUGGAGUUCAACAAUUCUGUGGGCUCGACUAACCUUGCUACUCCACCACUGUCGCCCAAAGUUCCUUCCCAAGUCGCUUCUGCUGCGCCUCAGGUAAAGUCCAGCGAGAGUGAGAAAGGCUCAGCCAAUGUCCUGCAUGGCGUCCAAGAAGUCUUAAGCCAGUCCCUGGACGUCCCAGUUGCCGAGGUCACAGAUCAAGCCUUGCUCGAGGAACUUGGUGUGGACUCAUUGGUUAGCUCGGAAAUUAUAACUCACCUCCGUAACAAAUUCCAGACCCAGAUCUCAACUGACGAAAUGAAAGUAGCCACAAAUGUUGCGUGUUUAUGUGAACUGAUUUCCUCCAGAGUGGACAGCGCCGCCAGCAGCGAUGUCGACAGUGAAGACCAGGAUCCUGACACUGUAUCUGUAAGUGCCGAUGAUGAUAUUCCAGCGUGGCAGAAGACGGUAUUCCACAUCCUUGGCCAGUCUCUCGACAUGCCAGUCACAGACAUUCAGAUGGAUUCGAAACUCGAGGAUCUCGGUGUCGAGUCACUGAUUGAAACGGAGAUCAUCAGCAACUUGAACAAAGACUUGGGUCUCAAUAUAUCACCGAGCGAAUUUGCUACAAUGGCCGAUGUGGCUUCUCUCUGUGAUUAUAUUGCGGGUGGUGGUAACACUUCGGUACGAACUCCUACGACCAGUUUAUCCAACUUUUCUUACACACGCUGCAAUCCCAGAAGUGAUCUUUCUAUGGGCUUAGAUACAGGUGCAACUACCCCAACAGGGAGUGAGAAGUCAACGUUAGUCAAAGGCGACAGGAUGUCGAUACAUACGGCUUUUCAACGGGUCUGCCGAGGCUUCGACACUCAUGCGAAGGAUACCAGGUUCACUGGCUACUGGGAUCAAGUAUACCCACUACAGCUGAGGACUGCUACAGCCUUCAUUCUUGAAGCAUUCAAGAAGCUCCACUGUCCCAUUAGGGAUUUCAGCCCAGGGGAGAAUCUCCCUGAUCUGCAAGGAACGCUGCCGAAGUAUCAUAGGGAGAUCCUCUGGCUGUGGGAGACGUUAGAAGAGGUCAGCCUAGUCGAGAAAACAGGAGGUGACUCCAUACGCGGCCCUGUUUCUCUGGACGGUGACAGUAGGAAAGAUUCUGGCCAGGAGCUGAUUAUGGAGCUUAUAUCGGAGUUUCCUCACUACGCAUCUACGCACGGUCUACUCGGCCUCCUCGGACCACACCUAGCAGAGUGCUUGACAGGCAAGUCGGACCCCGUCUCCCUUUUGUUUGGUAGCGAUCAAGGUCGCCGCCUCCUUGACGACUACUACGCCAAUGCACCCGACCUCCUGGCUGCUACAAAGUUGCUUUGCGAUUUCUUCACCGCAGCCAUUCACUCCCAAGCUUCAAACCGCGAGCCCUUCCAUGUCUUAGAAAUCGGCGGCGGUACGGGUGGGACCACAAAGCACCUCAUCCCGCUGCUUCAAGCCACUGGACUCCCUUUUACAUACACAUUCACCGACCUCUCGGUAUCAUUGUUAGCACAUGCCAAGAAAAUCACAUUCAAGGGCGUCGCAGACAUAGACUUUCGGAAACUCAACAUCGAGGAAAACCCACCCGAGGAGCUGUUGGGGCGCUACCACAUCGUGAUGGCAAGCAACUGUGUGCACGCAACGCGCAACCUACGGCACACCCUAAACAACAUGCGCAAGUUGGUACAACCGAACGACGGAUGCGUGGUGCUGGUAGAGUCAACGCAAAGGUCAGCCUGGUACGAUCUAGUCAUGGGCUUGUUGGACGGCUGGUGGUUGUUUGAUGACGGCCGCAAGUACGCGCUGCAGUGCCCAUGGGCUUGGGAGCAAGCGAUGCGAGAUGCGGGCUUCGCACACGUUGACUGGUCCGAGAGCGCAAGUCGUGAAUCCCGCAGCGUUCGGAUAAUCUGUGGCAUGGUGGCUGAGCCGGAGAAAGCAUGUCCUGCAAAGGCAACCUCGAUGCUACUGCACCAGACAAGUUCUAAUUCAGGGGACCGCAACCUGUUCCUGCUCCCGGAUGGAUUUGGCUCCAGUGCUGUGUUCGGUGCCCUCGCGCCGUUGCUCUCUCAGGUGAAGCAUGUGUCUGUCUACGCGCUCAACAGCCCCUUUCUCAAGAUUAAGCCUGAUCCGGAUCAAUCUCCCUCCAUUGAGGAGCUUGCUGCCACAUACGUGGCCGAGAUUAAGCGUCGGCAACCCGAGGGUCCUUAUAUGGUUGGUGGUUACUCAGUCGGCGGGGUGUUGGCGUUUGAAGCGGCACGACAACUCCUCGAAUAUGGUAACGACGUCAAGAGAAUGUUCCUGAUCGAUACUCCAUGCCCCACAUUCGCCUGUUCUAUGCCGGAUGCACUGGUUGACUUUCUAAUUUCCAUCAACCGCUUCGGUGUGAUGAGCGAAGACGAAGUCCAAGAGAACAAGCGGGGCUCCCCCCUCGCGAAACAUCAUUUCACAUUGUCCAGGCGGCAGCUGUCGAUGUAUCAAGUAAGUAGGCUACCAGGUCGGAAUAUACCACAGGUUGUGCUGUUCUCGGCGAGAGAGGGGGUGGAUAAGCAGGAAUGGGUGGCUCGCCCUGAGGUACUGCCGGCGGAACAGCAGCUUGUGGACUGGUUCCUGAAUGACCGCGCCGAGGGUGAAUUGUUUCAAUGGGACAAGGUUCUGGACAAUGUUAAAGUGGUUCCGGUCAAUGGCAAUCAUUUCUCAAUGAUGGUGCCUCCUAUGGUAAGUCUAAUAGUGGACUUCUGUUACCAAAGCAGCUACUGA